UGGUUUCCUGCGGCCGCGCGCCGGUGCAGCCCCCGGGCUCCCGCCGCCCCGGCCCGGCCGCUCCCCCCGCGCCGCCCUCGGGGUUCCGGGGCGGGACCCGUCGCUGCCGCCGCUGCUGCGGGGGCUCCGCGUCGCCGGACGGCCCGGCCCAGCCCGGCCCGGCCAUGGCGCACUCGGCGCCGCUCGGCCUCCUGGAACAGGGCUGCCCCAUCCAGGUGGAGCACGAUCGGAAGCGGCGGCAGUUCACCGUGCGGCUGAACGGUUGCCAUGACAAGGCGGUUCUGCUUUAUGAAUAUGUGGGGAAGCGGAUCGUGGACUUGCAGCACACAGAAGUGCCGGACGCCUAUCGCGGGAGAGGAAUCGCCAAGCACCUCGCAAAGGCAGCCCUGGACUUCGUGGUGGAGGAGGACCUGAAAGCUCACCUGACGUGCUGGUACAUUCAGAAAUACGUCAAGGAGAACCCACUGCCGCAGUACCUGGAACAUUUGCAGCCUUAAGGCAGGACAGCUCCGACACCAGCGCCUGUCCCUGACUGUUCAACGCGGCCUUUGCUUCUCUGCAGUCUCAGGAAACCCCCCAUCCCACACUCACAGUUCCCAUUUUUUUUCUUUACGCGCAUCCAUGUGGUGCAUGAGUGUGGGCACAACCUCCUCCUCUCUGCGCACGUGUGAGCUUGGCUGCGGCCCCUGGGCCAGGCUGGUUCCGGGCACACGUGGUGCCCCCCAGUGCUCUUCUCAAGCCGGGUUGUGGAAGAGGAUGAUUUUUCCACCAAACUCUAUCACAAGACCAGGAGAUGACUUGCUCUGUGCCUCAUCCUCUCCUCUCUGCAUUGCCAGCUGUGAACUUGCUGGGGAACAUUGGUUAGGCGUGGACAGGGGGUACCAGCUCUCCUUUCCUCCUGGCAGGUGGGUAAGAUGCUGUGGAUUAAGCCUCAUGGGACAGAAGGAGGUGCUGGAGGAGCCCCAGCCCCGUGGCCUUGCCCAAGCCCACAUGGGGCACAGGUGAGAAGAUGUGGGCCAUGGUGAUGCCUUGGAGGCUUUGCUGCACCAGCUGUGGCGACACCGGCGUGGUGACACUUUGGAGCCUUGAGACAGGAGCCAUGUGAGGAGCAGGAUUCGGCCCUGAGGCUGUGGCAGAGCAGAUGCAGCACGAAUGUGCCGGGGAAGAAAGAUGGCAGAGUAGCAAAUGCUAUUCCCUGGAGAUGGCAGUUCCUGCUCAGCCUUCUGCACAGAUUCCUGGUGUGGCAUCGCCGCAGGGUUGUGGGCCCUCGUUCCUGCUUCUGCUCCCUGCUGUUGGAGUUGUCCACGCUGCUGUGGACAGAGCCUGCUCAGGAGAAGAGCACCAGCCGCGAUGGUCAGCCCUGGCCUAAGUGAUAAGGGGACAUCCCAAUGCUUUUGCAGGCACCAGGGUGCUUUCCUGCAGCCGAAGAGGAAGGCUCCCCCCAUCUCCCUCGACUCCAGCUCUUCACCUGUCUGUGCCACAGAUCACAAGGCUUGAGCCGUCAUCACAUCCUGAGAGCAAUGAGGAUAAGGCCUCCUGGUCCUGGCCCGUCUCCAGGGUUUGGUGCUGGAGCCGUCUGCCUCUGCCUGGAUGCUGAUGGCUUCUCUGUACGGCCUCUGGAAAGAAGCCCUGGCUGGGGGCAUCACCCAUCGGCUUGCUGGCCUCCUCGCAGCUCCGAACCCCGGGCACUGGCAGCAUCGUGGGGUCCCCACCAGCAGCAGGGAGAACCCCCUCACCUUGUGCCGUUACCUCUGUGGGUGAUGACCCCGUAGCACAGCUCAGUGUUGCCACAGUCAGAUGUAGAGGUGAUACCGUGACAGCAGGGCGCUGCCUGGCUCCAGCUUGCUGCAUGUCCUGCCUUGCACAGGUUUUCCAAAGCCUGAGCACAGGUUUUCCAAGGCCUGAGCUAGACCCCAGAGCAUCUUCCCCCCUGAGUUUUUGGGAUUUUGCCAUGUCCCAGGGCUGGGCUACAGUGGGAGACAUGGUUCUGCCCUGGGCAGCUGCUGGGGGCUGCAGCCAGGCAGAAUGAGAUAAAGAGCCUUUCACCUGGAGGCUAAAUCCAGACCUAGCUUAUCUCUCAGCAGGGACUAAAGUUUACAAUCUGUGCCACGGACCGAGUGAAGCCCCAGCCAAGGGGCAGCUCAGCUCUCUCCCAGCACCCAGUGCAAAGUCCAUUGCAGCAAAGGCAAAAGCUCCUACAACUUUUACCCCUGCUUGGGUUGUUUGGAGAUGGAGACCCUGUGCCUGAUCUCAGCUGUGGAGGCCCUGAGCUGUUCCUCCUGGCUUGAGGCAAAGUCCUGCUGCUUGCCUGUGCUUGUGGGCUGCCCAUCACCAACAUAACACAGCCCUCUGCCCACAGCCUUGAAUAAAACCUCCCAAACUCCAUCCCUGCCCAGGUACAGAGUGAGCUCUGGUUUGUGCUGCUCAGGAAGAGGCAGCAGCAGGGCUGAUGUUUAUGUGUCUGCCCUCUUGCUGCCUAGUUAAGCCUGGCUGUGACCUUCAGGAUGGUUUAGAGGGAGUGGGAAAAGGUUGCAGGUAACAAACUAUAGAAAAAAGACUCAAGAAGAAAUCUGGGCUUGUAAAUGUUUGCUCUUUAGCAUGCAAAACAGACUUCAACAUCUGGAGCGAGGAGCUGGCUCUGUUUAGCCAAGUGAUGACAGAACCAUCCCUGUUCUUGAUCCCAAAGUGAAGCUGAAUCGUCUCCUCUCUUGCAAGCCAAGAUAUGCAAGCCUCUGCCCUGGUUUUGUGCUUAUUUCCACUGCGUGGCAGUUCCCAGAAGUAUCCCCGUUGUGUCUGCUGUGAGAGAGCAGCUUGCUGAGGGCCACGCUGUGGUCACUGCACGGGCAGGGUCCCAGCGUCCAACCUUGGCCCUGGAGCCCUUCAUGCUGCUCUGGCAAGACCCUUGUGCUUCCUGGUGCUGGAUUCCAAGUGGCAAUUGCUGCCUUAAAUCAGGCACAACACACGGUUUUGCUGCUGCUUCCCUUUGAGGUGCUACAAUCCCUCCAGUGUCUGACUUGACGGAGACGUGUGCCAACCGUUUCACUUCAGCUAUCCCUUCCCCGCGGUCUCUGAUGCUGGUGAAUAGCAAUAUCCACAGGUCACCAGGAUGCCGUGGUCUGCGGUGCUCCUGUGUGUGGCAGGAGGUGGUUUGGGGUCCCUUGGCACUGGGCAGCCAUCCCUCCUGCCUCUCCACCAGCUGCCUUUGCCCAGCUCGUCUCUGCAGGAAGGAGCUUGGAGUCCUGCGCUGCCCCUUGGUGCUGACUUAAGCCUGGAGAAAUUGGGGAUCCUGGACUCUCUCCAGCAAUGGCAGUGUGGAAGUGGUUUGGUUGAAUACUGAGGCUCCCCAAACCCAUUUGAACUACAGACCUUGGUGGGUGGGGAAAUGCAGAUUGCUGUCAAACCUGCUUCCACAUCACCCAACUUGAAACACCCCCUCCCUCAUCCACUUUCCAGCAUUGUCUUCCUCUGUCCGAGGUUUCUGUUCUGUUGAAUUCGGUGGUUACGAUGUGCCUUUCCUUCUCAGGACCUGUUACAAAAGACCUUUCUGCUUUUGUUUAUGUCUAACAUUUAUCUUUACUCACUCCCUCUGUCAUACUAUAAAACAUGAACAUAUUGCAUGGAAUACAAUACAAUAAAAAGCGUGGUUUAACUGA